AUGAAAAUGGAGAAAACAAAAUGUAGUAUAAAAAUAAGAAAAAAUGAAAAAAGUAAAGAAAAUAAGAAACCACCAAAAGUAAAUAUAUUUGAUGAAAUUUGUAAAAGUGAUGAAAAUGAAGAAGAGGAAGAAGAAGAUGAUGAUGGAAAACAAAAAAAAAUCCAAAAAGUAGAAAAAAUAACAAGCAUGAAAGAUGGAAAUAUAUUUAUUGAACAAACAGAAAAAGAUAUUAAAAACAUGAAUGAUAGAGAAAAAGCAAAUUUUAAUUUUAUAAAUAAUUUAAAAAAGAAAUUAGAUCGUGUAAAUAAUAAAAAUAAUAUUACAUAUUUAAAUUAUUUUCCAAAUAGUAAUAAUCAAAAUGACAAUCAAAAAUUAUUAAAUUUCGAAAAUUCAGAUGGAUAUGACUCAAAUGAAAAUCUGUCUGAUGUUGAAAUGAAGGAUAUAAAUAAUUUUAUAAUUAAAAAAAAUGAAAUACAAAAUAGUGAACAACAUGAUAAUAAUGUGUCAAACGAUGAAGAAGAAAUAAAUAUAAACGAUACAGAAAUAAAUCAGUUAGAUGAUAUAAGCCAUUUUAAGGUAUCUGAAAAUAGUUUAGCUUUUAAAAGAAAACAAAUAUUAGAUAGAUUUAAUAAAAAAGAUAAAGAGUAUAAUCUUAAAAAUGAAUUAAAUUUCUAUCACGAUUUUAAAGAACAUAAUAUAAAAAUAGAAAAUUAUGGAUUAAAAAUUUUGAAAAAAAUGGGAUAUAAUGAGGAUAUAUAUAAUCAAUAUAUUAAUACAUAUUAUAAUACAAAUGACGAAAAAAAUAUUUCAGAUAAAAAUAAUACAAAUGCAAAUUAUUAUGACAAAAUCUAUGAAUAUUUCUCGUCUAGACAAUUUCGAUUUACUGGUGUUGGAGCAGAAGAUGAGAUGAAGGAAAACAUGGAAAAAAUCAAACACAAUGACAAAAAUGAAAAAGAAGAAAAUUCAAAUGAUAGUCACCAUAGCUCUGAUGAAGGUAACCAACAUAAUGAACAAGAAAGAGAUACUAAGGAAAAAAAAAAAAAAAAACAUGAUAAGUUUUAUAAUUCUUCUAGCCAAUUUGAGAAUAAAAAUAGAGACAAAAGCAGUUUAAAUAAUGAAGAAAAAGAAGAUGAAAAUUAUAUAAAUAAUUGUAACAAUUUUUUUGAAGGGCUUUUAGUAAAAAUUAAUUUGAAAGAGCAUGAAUUUUAUAAAAGAAAAGGGAUAAUCAUAUAUAAAAACAAAAGAAGGAAAAAAAAACAAUACUACUAUGGCUUAUUGAUAUUUAAAACAUAUAAGCAUAUUAGUACAUAUAAAAAAUAUAUUAUGGGGAAGAUCGACGAAUUUUUAGAGAAAACAGAAAAACACAAUGAAAAAAAUUAUGAGGAAAAUGACCAUGAACAAACAGAAUAUGCCAAAACUUAUUGGCGUCCUAUUAUUAAAAAAUUAAAUACUUAUACCGAAUCAGAUAGAAAAAAAUUAGAAUUUGAUUUUACUGAAGUUAAAUCAUAUUAUUUAGAAACAGUAAUUAAUGAUGAAUGCUUAAAAUGUAAAAUUGUAAAUAAAAAUAUUUAUCAUCCAUCAAAAAAUGAAACCCUAUAUAAAGAGACUGCUGAAUUAAAAAAAAUAAAAGAAGAUCGUGCAUAUAUACAGGUUCAUAAAAAAUAUGACUUAAAAGUUUCGCUCGAUGAUAUUUGUCAAUACAUUGGGCAUGUGUAA